AUGGGGAAACACUGCCUUUUGUUUCUUUGCCUAGUUGGAAUGUCAUGCGUUCCUUUGCUUCAUAGUUACCUGGCCUUGGCUGCCGGAACUGACGAUGGGUCUGAGCAAUGGGGAUAUGUAGAAGUUCGACCCAAGGCUCAUCUAUUUUGGUGGCAUUAUAAAAGUCCUCAUAGGGUUGAAGAUCCAACAAGACCAUGGCCAAUAAUUCUAUGGCUCCAAGGAGGACCAGGGGCCUCUGGCGUUGCAUUUGGAAAUUUCCUAGAAAUAGGACCAUUGGACGGCAACUUGAAGCCCCGCAAUUCUACAUGGCUCCUGAAAGCAGAUCUUUUAUUUGUGGAUAGUCCAGUGGCAACAGGAUUUAGUUAUGUGGAGGACGAGGCAUUGGUGGCUAGGAGUGAUGAAGAGGCAGCAGCUGAUUUAACUGCCUUGUUGAAAGAGCUCUUUAAUGGAAACGAGACACUCCAAAAAAGUCCUUUAUACAUAUUUGGUGAGUCAUAUGGAGGCAAAUUUGCUGCCACCCUCGGGGUUUCAGCUCUCAAAGCCAUUGAAGCAGGGGAAUUGAAGCUUCAGCUAGGGGGAGUUGCUUUGGGAGAUAGCUGGAUUUCUCCUGAAGAUUUCGUGAUUCAGCAGCAGCUAGCUGAAGGAAAAUAUGAAGAUGCCACAUCAACAUGGGGUGAUCUUGAGCAGGAUGUACUUUCCAACAGUAACAAUGUGGAUUUCUACAACUUUUUGUUGGAUGCUGUAAAUGAUCCUGUUGUCGGGAGCACAGCCAAAGGAUCAAAAGGAUUUGCCGCUGUUGACAGGUAUUCCAGAUAUCUGAGCACCAAGAUGUAUCCAUCAUCCGACAGGAUUGGAGUGAGGAGCACCGUAGACCUUUAUGCCCUAAUGAACGGACCUAUUUACCAGAAACUAAAAAUUAUUCCUGAGAAUGUUACAUGGGGAGGACAAGAUGGGUUGGUUUUCCAGGCCUUGAUUGGUGAUUUCAUGAGGCCUAGAAUCCAAGAGGUUGAUGAGCUCUUAGCCAAAGGUAUAAAUGUGACUAUAUACAAUGGACAGGUAUGGCAACAGUAUCGGAAUAUGGGAUUGUACCGAGCUAUCUCUCUAGAUAAAAUUACUAUACAUUUUUCCAAUAGCUUAACAAAUCGGCUUAGGGAGCAUAGCGGUUUGCAUAGG